AUGAGCUCCUCGGAAGACGAUACCCCACUUGUCCAGGCAAAUGGUCGCCGUAUCAGUUCCCAUACGGACUCGAAAAUGCGCGACGCGACGGAAACAAAUGGCCAUGUUGACCCAGGCGUAUCCAUCCGCUUUGGUCCCGUUCAGGCCGAAAAUGAUGUUGACAUGGCGGAUGCCGACGCUGCCGCCGUUCCCAAGCGGAAGUCGCGCUCAAGCGUCGGUCAGAGAAAGUCUUACGCCGAACCUGAGAGCAGUGAGGAGGAUGAUCAACCCUUGAGCAAGCGACGCCGCACUUCCGUGAAGCACGAGGACCCCGAAACGGACGAUGAUGUACCUUUGGCGCUCAAUGGAAGAAAGCUUCCCAAGGCGUCGGAAACGGCUAUAGGCGAAGAAUCCGAUUCCGACGUGCCCAUCGAAAGAAAACUCGCCUCUCAGAAGAAGAAGAUCCAGCAGAAGGCAGAGAAGGAUGCGAAAGUGACCCGCAAGCCAGCCCCUCCGAAGACUACGAAGACCGCAGCAACCAAGAGGCAGACCAAUGGCGUGAAAAAAGAGCCCGAGGAUGUGAAGCCUUCGACCGUCAAGAAGACGGCCAAGCCGACCAAGGCCAGUGACAAGGCUGCAUUGUCCUCGCAGGUGAAGCGGGCUGCCUCCAGCGCCAAGUCGACCCCCGUCAAAAAGGAAGAGAGCGAGGAGGCUGAAGACGCCGAUGAAGAAGAGUACAGAUGGUGGGAAGACCCGACCAAGGGUGAUGGUACGAUCAAGUGGACGACACUCGAACACAACGGCGUGGUUUUCCCUCCUCCGUACGAGCCACUCCCCAAGAACGUCAAGAUGAAGUAUGAUGGCAUCCCUGUCACUCUCCAUCCUGAUGCUGAAGAGGUGGCCGGCUUCUUCGGCGGCAUGCUCAAUGCGACUCAGCAUGUUGAGAAUCCCACUUUCCAGAAGAACUUCUUCAUGGAUUUCCGCGAUAUUCUCAAGAAGACCGGUGGCGCAAAGGACCCCAAGGGCAAUAAAGUGGACAUUAAGGACUUUCACAAAUGCGACUUCCAGCCGAUCUUUGCCUACUACGACAAUCAACGUCAAGAGAAGAAGGCUUUGCCUCCGGCUGAGAAGAAGCGUCUGAAGGCUGAGAAGGACGCUCAAGAGGCCCCUUACAUGUUCUGUAUGUGGGACGGACGGAAGCAGAAAGUGGGAAACUUCCGAGUGGAACCGCCUGCUCUCUUCCGUGGACGUGGUGAGCACCCCAAAACUGGCCGCGUGAAGUCUCGCGUUCAGCCGGAGCAAAUCACCAUCAACAUCGGCAAGGAUGCGCCUGUCCCGCCUCCUCCGGAGGGCCACAAGUGGAAAGAGGUCAAACAUGAUCAAGAAGGCACAUGGCUUGCCAUGUGGCAGGAAAACAUUAACGGCAACUACAAGUAUGUCAUGCUCGCGGCCAACUCUGACGUCAAGGGCCAGAGUGAUUACAAGAAAUUCGAGAAGGCUCGUGAAUUGAAGCAUCACAUUGGUCGAAUCCGCAAGGAUUACCAGAAGAACCUCAAGCACGAGCUGAUGGUCGAACGGCAAAAGGCCACGGCAGUGUACCUUAUUGACCAGUUUGCUCUUCGUGCUGGUAACGAGAAGGGUGAAGACGAAGCUGAGACUGUGGGGUGCUGCUCGCUCAAAUACGAGAACGUCACUCUCAAGCCUCCAAAUAAGGUCGUCUUCGAUUUCUUGGGUAAGGACAGUAUUCGCUUCUAUGAUGAGGUCGAGGUCGACGCGCAGGUCUUCAAGAACCUCAAGAUCUUCAAGAAAGCACCCAAGAAGGAGGGCGACGAAAUCUUCGAUCGGCUGACUACUUCCGCCCUCAACAAGCACUUGUCGGCCUACAUGCAAGGUCUGACGGCAAAGGUGUUCCGUACCUACAACGCUUCCCACACUAUGUCUACGCUGUUGAAGGACAUGAAGGCGACGGGUAACAUUGCAGAGAAGGUGAAGGCGUACAAUGACGCCAAUCGCAAGGUCGCCAUUCUCUGCAACCAUAAGCGAACUGUGGCUGCAUCCCAUGCCAAUCAGAUGGAAAAGAUGAGUGAAAGGAUCAAGGGACUACGGUACCAAAGAUGGCGUCUAAAGCAACAGAUGCUCGAUCUCGAGCCUAGCUUGAAGAAGAAGAAGGGCGCCAAGUACUUCGAGAUGGACGAAGAUAUGGACCUCGAAUGGGUGAAGGAGCACCAGGCCUUCCUUGUGGAAGAGCAGCGCCAGAAAAUCCAGAAAAAGUUCGAAAAGGACAAUGAAAAGCUUGCUGCAGAAGGCGAGAAGGAAAUGAAGGCCACUGAGCUGGAGAGCCGUCUCCAGGUAGCGAAGGAUCUGGAGAAAAAGUUCAACAAGGAGAACAAAACCGGAAAGGUGGAAGCCGAAGGCAAGGCCCCGACUGUCGAUAAGAUUGAGGCAGCGAUCACCAAGCUCGAGCAGCGCAUUGAAACGAUGGAGCUUCAAGCUCAGGAUAAGGAAGAGAAUAAGGAGGUCGCUCUGGGAACCUCGAAGAUUAACUACAUCGACCCUCGUCUUACUGUGGUUUUCAGCAAGAAGUUUGAUGUUCCUAUCGAGAAGUUCUUCUCCAAGUCCCUCCGGGAGAAGUUCGAAUGGGCCAUCAAGUCGGUCGACGAGGAUUGGGAAUUUUAA